UGCCUCUCCCCGCAGCUGCACACAAGCGAGGUGCACGAGGAUGGCGCUGCCUGGGUGCGCUCGCCCCUGGCCCCGCAGUCGGUGACGGAGCUGAGCUCGCUGGAGGAGUUUCUGGCCACGGCUGAGCUGGCGGGCACCGAGUUUGCGGCCGAGAAACUGAAUGUCACGUUUGUUUCUGCUGAGGCUCGGACUGGCCUUUUGACUGCAGAAGAGACCAAAACUAUCAAGAAGCUCCAUGAGGAAAACCAGCAGUUUCUGAGCAUACCAAGGAGACCGUACUGGGACAGCAGAACCAGUGCUGAGAAGCUGAGGCAAGCAGAGAGGAACAGCUUUCUGGAGUGGAGGCGGCAGCUUGCCUGGCUGGAGGAAGACAAGAAACUAAUUUUGACCCCGUUUGAACGGAAUUUAGACUUCUGGCGCCAGCUCUGGAGAGUCAUUGAAAGGAGUGAUAUCGUUGUUCAGAUAGUAGAUGCCAGGAAUCCUCUCCUGUUUAGGUGCCAAGAUCUGGAGCGUUACGUGAAGGAAGUGGAAAGCGACAAAGAGAACAUCAUCCUGAUAAACAAAGCGGACUUGCUGAAUGAGGAGCAGCGGGCAGCAUGGGCGCAGUUCUUUGAGAGCGAAGGCGUUAAAGUCGUGUUUUGGUCAGCCUUGGGAGAACGGGUGCGGCUGAGCACUGCAGCUAAGGGCCUAGAAGUCGAGGGAGCAGCAGAAGAAUCCAGUGACUGUGAAGACAGAAGCUCCAGUGAGGAGGAGGAAGAUGGAGCUGUGCAGAAUGACACAGAUAACCUGCACCCAGAGUAUUCUCUGUGUCUGGGAGACAGAGUGCUGGGCAGCGAGGUUGACGAUGAUGACAGUGAAGAGUAUGAGGACUGUGAGGAGGAGGAGGAGGAGGAUGCCUGGCAAACCUGUUCUGAAGAUGAGGGUGGGGACGAAGUAAAUUUCUCUGCCCCAGGCUGGACAGGAGGUAGGAGCGAGAGGCACGGCCCUCAGUUGGUGCCGAGCAGGCCCUUCAGCAACUUCAGCCACCUGGUUCAGAGAGAAGAGCUGCUGGAAGUGUUCAGGUUGCUACACACCGGCAGGAAGGCGAAGGAGGGAGAGGUCACCAUUGGGCUGGUGGGUUAUCCCAACGUUGGCAAGAGCUCAACAAUCAACACAAUCCUGGGAAACAAGAAGGUGUCGGUGUCUGCUACACCUGGGCACACAAAGCACUUUCAGACCCUGUACGUAGAGCCUGGCCUGUGCCUCUGUGAUUGCCCCGGUCUGGUGAUGCCAUCCUUCAUCUCGACAAAGGCAGAGAUGAUCUGCUCUGGAAUUCUGCCCAUAGACCAGAUGAGGGACCAUGUCCCACCCAUCUCUCUAAUUUGCCAGCAUAUCCCACGACACAUUUUAGAAGCGACCUAUGGAAUCAAUAUCAUACGACCCAGAGAAGAUGAGGAUCCUGAUCGCCCGCCCACAGCUGAAGAGCUGCUAACUGCUUAUGGAUACAUGAGAGGCUUUAUGACAGCUCAUGGGCAGCCGGAUCAGCCAAGGUCGGCCCGUUACAUAUUGAAGGAUUACGUCAGUGGUAAGCUGCUGUACUGCCAUCCCCCUCCUGGCACUGACCCAAAAGACUUCCAACACCAGCACAACAGAUGUACACAGAGCAGAGCCAUGCAGGGUAAUGCAGAACUGAGACCAGAAAGGAAUCGGAGGGCAAAACAAAUUGAAAAUGUUGUGGACAAAACAUUUUUCCAUCAGGAGAAUGUCCGUGCUCUGACAAAGGGCGUCCAGACUGUGAUGGGAUACAAACCUGGCAGUGGUCCCGUGUCCCGAACUGAAUCUAGCUCCAAGAACGAGAUGGGGAAACCCUGGAAAAAGCAUGGGAACAGAAACAAAAAGGAGAAGGUUCGUAGGCUCACCAAGCACCUGGAUGCCUAGCCACAGUGGGGCAGAGCGGACUGUCCAGGUAGAAAUGACAGUGUCCUGUACAUUAUGUGCACAGACUGAAGCUGCAGGGAUAAGCCAGCAUUAGUGCUUUGUGCCAAAACACCAGCCGUGUUGUGGGCAGACCAGGGCAGGUGGGUGAGAUCACAUACUGCUCUGAGCCCCUUCCUCCUGGGAAAGGGACCAGGCUCCCCAGGAGCAGGUUGGUUUGACCGUUGCCAAGAAGUCGGCCUUUUUGCUGAGUGUGGAUGAGGUAGUCUAGAAGACUUUGGACAUGGACAAGGCCUCUUACAGCUGCUAGGAUUUAAACAAACCCCUACAAAACCAUGAUCUUGCAUACUCAAUUUUUACUGGAUAAAGCUUGUUUAUAUUUGAGA